AUGAGGGAUGCUUUCUUCGAACAAUAUCCUAGCGAGCUUUUGGAUCCAGAACUGAUGCCAUCUAUUCGCUUGCUUUCACACGUGUACAAGCAGUCGUGUACCAAGGAGUUUGCUUUUGUGCCUUGGAAGUUUCGCAUGUCGGUCAAGUUGCACGAGGAGCAGCAGAUGGCCAAACCGGCGAAGCGUGCUCGCUCUGAGCUUUCGGACUUGCUUUUCGAUGAUGUGCCUACGCGUGAGAUUCCCUCGUCGGGCGGGAUGGGGAUGUAUCAUUGUCAACAAAUCCUCGGCCUGCUUUCGACUGCUUCGGCUUUGUGUGGGGCGGCACACCUACACACACUUCGAAGCUACGAGCGCGCCUUCAUGCGCUUUGCUUUUGCCAAGGUUGGCGCGGAUUCCGGACUCCGGGGGCCGAACUCCGAAGAGAUGCAACAUGCAGAUCGCAUGCUUUGGUCCUCGAUCUCUGAGCUUUGUGUGAAAGGCUUUGCUUUGGAUGAUGCGAUCCACGAGGUGGUUGAUGUUCGUGCCGGUGUUAGCACCUGGUUGCAGCCUCGUGCUGCCCCCGUCAAGCUGAAGGACUUGAAUGCUUUUCAGGCGUUGGGCCGUGGACGUGGCGGCAAAGGCAAGGGGAAAGGCUUCGGUAAAAGCUUUCCGAACACAGGCAAAGGCAACACUGGCACACCUUCCACCGGUGCCUCUGAGCGUGAACAGUGCAGCAGCCAAGGUUCUCCCUUGCCACUUCCUCCAGGUGACUGGUCUGAGACGCAAGCUUUGCCUUCGCCACCUGCUUUGUCAGGUGACCUUUCUUCGAACACGCCACACUUACCAGAAGAUGUGGUGGAUGAGGCUCUCAUUUCUUCAGUGAUUUCUCCGACCCAGGCUCCGGCUUCGGGUCCUGGCAUUCUUUCCGAAUCGUUGCUUUCUAGCAAGGGCAAGAUACUUUUGGACGUGUGCUGUGGAAGCACUCGGCCGAUUUCUCUGGCAGCCCUUGGCCUUGGUUUUGCGGUGUUGUCAGUGGACUCAGCGUUUCAAGAACCCAUUGACAUUAUGGUGGACCACCAGUUCGAACUGUUCCACGUAUUUCAGAGCCUACCGGAACACAUAUCCCAGCACGGUGAGGGCAGUUUCUUUCUGCCUGAAGAGGUGUCUCAACUUCGGGCACUUUUUGGCCAGUGGGUUGCAUCGCAGGGAGGCCCGUGUAGCAUUGAUUGGACGGUUGAUGUUGAGCAGCCUUAUUGCCUUCGGGCACUUUCAGUAUUCAGCACCAUGCUUUCUGACCCAGAUCGAUCACUCUUUCCUGCUUUGAUCGAGGGGGUGCCCACCGGCUUUGACAAGAAUAUCCCAGCCAGUAACGUUUUUGCAAAGCGUCCGGUAGGGGAUCCUGCCGAUGUUGAUCUCAUCCUUUGUGAAGGCAACUGGUCGUCGGCCGAAGCGAACCCUGCACUUCUCCGAGAAAUGGUGGCCAAGGAAGUGGAGCUUGGCUUCCUGCAGGAGGUGCCACUGGAAACUGCUUUAGAAAGGUGGCCUGAUCGAUGUGCAGUUGGGAAGAUGAGCAUCGUUUCUAGUGAGGGUCGACCUGACCGUCUGGUUGUGGACAAUUCCAUUUGCAACACCAAUGCUUUAUGCCAGAUUGAUGAGACCUAUACUUUGCCGCUAUUGGGAUCGGCCCGAGCUUCUUUUCCAUUACGGGGGAGAGUGACCGCGGCUUGCUUGGAGUUCAAUGUGACGGCCGUCACAGCUUUGCUGCGCAACUCUGAAAACGCGCACAAGCGGGACUUGCACAAGGUGACUGGCAUGAUUCAGUGGUUUCUGCGUGCCUUUCCUCAUCUUCGACCGUGGGUCGGGGUACUCUACAAGGAUCUUCACUGCCCCCCUGCCACUUUGCAUAGCAUCGACCCACAUUACUUUGCUGAUCUGCAUGAUUGCGUUGACGACAAUUUACUCUUUGUCCGUGUACCUGCUGGUACUGCCAUCCCUCUCGGCGCCAAACUGAUUGAUGUCAGGCAUAUGCCUAGUCGACGUGAAACGUAA